AUGUGCCGGGCACAAGAGCAAACACUUUCUCAGGUGAGGGACUCGCAAGAAUCAGCCAUGAAUGUGAAUGAAGACACUGUUCCCAGCAGGCUUGGAGCCACUAACAAAGUCAGUUUGUAUUUCAUCAUCGCCACCCUGGGUGCAUUGCUCGUCUUUGCCUUGGCCACCAUCAUGGUCCUGGUCGUCCAGAGGACGGUAGCUGAUCCUGCCAUGGAGGGCAUCAAAAAACCCAUCAGGACAGGGAACACCUUUGAAGACUAUUUGAGGAUCCUACAGAGUGUCCCAGCCAAGGGAGCUGCUGCCUACAUGAGAGUGUCCAGCGCAGUGAACAGCUCCAGGCUGAGCCUGGUGGAGAAGGGGGUCUGUGAGGCCAUCCAGUGCAAGAGCCAGGAGCUGGUGAUCAAGGAACAAGGCCUCUACCUGAUCUUCUGCCACUUGAACUUUCACUUUCCCAACUGCUCCAAGAGCCCUGUCGACCUCAAGAUUGAGCUCCUGGUGAACGACAGGGUGGACAGGCAGACGUUGUCCACGUUGUGUGCGUCAGAAACCUGCCAAGGCAAGACUUUUAAGACCUUGCUCCAGCUCCACUUGACACACCUGAACGUGCAGGACCGAAUAUCAGUAACACUGAACCAUCCCCAGUUCCUGAACGACGUUUCCCUUCCCAAUGAAAAUGUUCUUGGGGUCCUCAGGUACAGCGAUGAAAUGUGA